AUGGUUCCGCCUGUGCUUGCCCUCUUCCUGUCAACGGCCGCCGGCGCCGUGGCCGUCCCAACGGCUGUGGCACCUCCUCUCCCCACAACGACCUCCACAACCCACUGCUACCUCCAUGUCACGGCCAACGCCGGCGACUCCUGUGCCAGCAUCGCCGCCGUUUUCAACUUGGACGUGGCCGCAUUCCGACGUAUGAAUCCCGGCAUCGACUGUGCUCAACAUCUCAAAGGCACCUUUUGCGUAGCAGACGGGUCGAGUGGGGGCGUCGAGACGUCCGAGACAUCCUUACCAUCCUCACCAUCGUCGUCGUCGUCACCGCCAUCACCGUCAUCGCCAUCUUCGUCAGCCGUGCCGCCCUCGCCUCGGCAGUCCUCCAUCACGCCACAGUGCCGGGCGUGGCACAAGGUCGCCGCAGGCGACACUUGCAACAACGUCGAGUCGACGUUUCGUGUGUCGGACACCAACUUCAGAGCAUGGAACGGCUUUUUGGAUGCCGACUGCACGAAUCUAUGGAAGGACUACUACUGCUGUGUCGGUGUGCUGUGA